GUCACGUCAAAGGAAGACCUGUGUGUUGUUGGAAGGGGACACAUCAUCGAUCAGACCACCAGACCCUGCACUGGACCGGGCGAUGGGUCUCCCAGAGUUCUGCUGACCCCCGUUACCCUCCCGCCCCGUCCCAGUUGAAGAUGCAGGGCUUCUACUCUAAGCUGGACUCAUCCCCGGCCGCGUCCCCUCUCCUGGGCGUGCGAGCGGAGGGUGGGCCGGUGCCUUUGAGCCUGGCCCUGGAGACGGAGAAGGCGCAGGCUCUGCUACAGACCUUCAGCUCUGCGUCCCUGUUGGCCUCCGCUGGUCUGGGGGUGCUGUGUGUGCUGGCUGACCACGGCCUCCAACUCUGGGUGAUCCAACAGCACUUGUGGCUCCGCGCGGCCUUGGACAACGCCACACAUGGUCUGGUGGGGCUGUGGGCGUGGGCCGUGGUCAUCGGGCUAAGGAAGAGGAGUGACUUGUACGAGGUGCUGCUGGCCGGGCUGCUGGCCUCGCUCAUAGACCUGGAUCAUUUCUACAUGGCUGGGUCGCUCUCACUCAAGGCCGCCGUGUCCUUACCCCAGCGUCCCCCUCUCCACUGCUCCUCCCUCAUCCCCGUGCUCUGCCUGUCCCUGCGCUUCCUCAUGUGGGUCGGCAGGCUCAAGGACGCCUGGUGCUCCCUGCCCUGGAUGCUGUUUGUCUCCAUGGCGACGCACCACGUUCGGGACGCCGUACGCCAUGGCCUGUGGGUGUGCCCAUUUGGAAACACCGCUCCCGUCCCCUAUUGGCUGUACGUGAGCACCACGGCGACGCUGCCUCACCUCUGCUCCGUGCUCAUGUACCUGACCGGGACCAGGGACGUGAUCUCCACCAAGCACGGUGUGGCCAUCGACGUUUGACCCCGGCUCUCUGCACUGGGAGUAGGGACGGAGUUGGCUGUAUACACUUUAAUGUUUAAUGGGAGGACAUCAUUUGUGAGGGAGACUACAGGGAAAUGUUGGUUCACAAACAUCAGCUUCACAGAUUAUAAUAAUGUGAAUAUCUUAUGACUGUGACCACUGAUCUAACUCGCCUUUUCAGCAGUGAUGUGCGAUACAACAUUUUUGAUCAGAUACCAAUACUGAUGACAUGAGAACACCAUUUUCAGUGAAAACCAUUAUUUUAGAUUAUAAAUGCCAACAUACAAAUAUUAUAUAGUACAGAUGAAGGCUGGGCCAUAUAAGUCUGAUAAGAGCAAUCACAGAGCAGCAGUGUGGUUUGGGAGAAAGCCAAAGGCAAAACAUCCACACAAACCAAAACAAACAUGACGACUCUCACAGAUGCAUUUCAGCUUCAGUUUUAGCAGGGGGGAUGUAACAAUAAUAUAAAUAUCAUGGUAUAGUAUGAUCAAAAGUCUCACAAUAUCAAGGGCAAUCACAAUAUACUGAAUUACUUUUCACACAUUAGUGGACCGACCCCAGUGCGCACUAGAUUUAGUUCAAUUUACUUUUCUUUUGGGUCGGCCUUGUUCACAUACACCAACAUGCACCGUGACCCUCACGAGAGUCCAUCAGCUGAUCGACAAAGUUAUUUCAAUGGCAACGCGCUUCAAGUAGCUCGAGCCCUGGAUAUACGUUCACACACGCUCAUCCAUUUACUGCAGAAUUUGACUGUCACUUUCACAAUGGCCCAAGUGCACCUCUCUCUGAACGAAUGAUCUUAUAUGUCAACCUAAUUAGUGCCAGUGUGAAAACGACCUUAAUAAUUAUUUUGGUGCAGCAAUAGUUUAAAAAAACUGGGAACUCCACAGACCAUGAACCUUUGCUCUGUUUCUGUACAGAUUACAUGAAGAAAUAACUGUUAUUAAGCUCUUAAGCAAUUAAUUAAUCUUUGGAUUAGGCCAGAACAAAAGGCUUGUCAAGGCAUUUUAAAAGUAGCAUAUUAACAAUUUCUUCAAAAAAUAUUGCAGGGAUGCGUGUCAUGAAAAUAUUGAAUCAAGAGAUUUGGAUAUUGUUACAUCCCCAUUAUUUUGUUGUGAAAAAUGUGCAGAGGUAAGCGCUUUAUGCAUUUGUGGACAGGGAAAGUGGAUGUAACAAAAGUCCAAUGAGGUUCAUAUGGCCAUCUGUUAAUUUAUUUUUAUAGAUUCUUUUUUGCCCCCGCGACCCGGCCCCGGAUAAGCCGAAGAAAAUGGAUGAAUGGAGAUUCUUUUUCCAAACCAGGGUUUAGUUUGUUUUCAUAACUGACAGUUUCGCCUGCUCACUAGCGCUCUUGUGGUGUUGCUGUGACUUGUCCAGUCAUCUGAUUUAAACAGGUUUUGGUUUAUUCUCACACAUCUUGUCACAGCAGUAUCACAUGGCCACUCUGAGGAAGACCACUGGUGAGCAGUCGAAACUGUCAGGUAUGAAAACAAAAUAAACUUUGGCCUGGAAAAAGAAUCUGUAAAAAUAAAUUGGCACAUAUCAGUCUGGGGUUAGCCGGAUUAAAUGACACAGAGUUAAAAAUGCCAGAAUUCAAUCCUUUGGCAUAAACAUUUAUCAUCAUUUUGGUAUCAGCACUAUCUGCACAUCACUACUGACAGGUGACCCUUCUAACAGUCUGCAGACUAACACUGACACUGCAGCAUCUCUCAAGGACUGUGCGACCAAAGGUUACAAACCUGCUGCUGUCACUGUGCUCUGCUCCAUGCCACCACACCCAUUAUCACUACGCACUCACUGUGUAUCUGUCCAUAUAACAUCCGCACGUUACACUCCGGCUCGUUGCUUAGUAACCAGGUCUGAGCAGAUGGGUGGGCCUCGUCACUGUUGGUACGCGGUUGAGUACACGUCUGCUCUCUGGACUCUCUGUACUCUCUGUGUGUGACUGUUACUAAGAUCAAAUCAUUCAAAAUUGCUUGGAGAUUGGUUUCAUAGAUUUCACAAGUAAAACUACAAAAUGGCAGAAAUAUCAGACUUGACUUAAUUCUAAACACACAAGUCGUGAAUUUUUCCUCUGCAUUUGACUCAUCCUUCACUGGGACGACAUGUGAGGAGCAGUGGGCGACCGCAGUGUAGUACUUCUCCUUUUAUUGAGCUCAGUUUGGUGAAGAGAUGCUAACUGGAAGUGUAUUAUUGACUAUCAUUGAAACAAGAUACUUUUUUGAACAAGUAUUAAUAGGACAAAACUGGACAUGAUACAUUGUACUAGACGUAUCAAAAUGGUUAUUAUUAUUAUUAUUAUUAUUAUUACUGGGCCUUUUUCUUUGUAACAAGUUUGAAAUUGACACUGGACACUGGCUGAUGAUCCCACUGUGGUCUUUCACACAAGCUGCAACACACAAUUCACUCACUGUGUAUGAAAAGAGGGAGUUAUUCAACAUUUUAAGUUUUUCAUUCUUUUUGUGCCAACUAACCACCAGGUUUUUGUGAAUGUUUGUGAAAUCUCUCAUAUUCAAGGUGUUGUGAAAUAAUGUAAAUAUAUCAGAUAAUUUUGUAUUUUAGUCAGAAGUGGCCUAUUUUAUCAACACCAAAUAAAAAAGGGAAAUUGGAAACGAUUACAGAAAGGAAUGAUAGUAAUGUAACUAUAGGGAAAGUACUAAAGGGUUGUGCAUUAGAGGUGUUUUUGGUAUUCUAUAGAUUUAAGGUAGACAUAGUGUAGUGCACAUUAUAUAUCUCAAUACUGUUAUUAUGUUACUGUAGGCCAUACAUUUUAUGCGUUGGACGUUAUUCGAUUAUCAUUUUUAACGCUUUUAUCAUUUAAGUUGUACACAGCUGUCGAAACUUCUCUCAGUUUAUAAAAGAUUAGACGAUUAGGGAUGCACAACUUUUUUGAGGGGGGAAAAAAUAUAGCUUUUUUUAUGAUUGCAGUUUCAGUUUUUUGUUAUUUUUUCAGAAAUCUUCAGGAGGAACAUUAACAUUUGCCACCUAAAAUUUAAAUUCAAACGAUUGCGCAGUCCUACACAAGAUUUCAAAUUGUUUAUAUUACGUUCAAAUGAUCACCCUUAAGAUUCAGCGAGCGCCUUUCCAGAUGAAUAAAUGUGUAUAACUUAAUUCAGAGUGAGAGUCUGUGUAACCUCGCUGUCACCUGGCUCAGUCUGGUGUGAGCCAUGAUCCCUUUUACUUUCUAUCCACAUUUGAAUGUAUUAAUAUGCUGUUAUUUAAAUUAUUGGGUUCUGUGCAUUGAUUUCUCUUAAUACUUUGACUUAUUAUAUCACUACGGUUUGAAUACAUUUUUUUUCUAGUUGUAGUUCUCAUCGCUGUCCACUAGAUGUCAUCAUAGAGCCUCGGUAAAGAGCGUGGUGUUAGAUGGCACUGUUCAGAAAUUCCAGUCUGACCAUAAAUCUGAGAUAGGUGUAUUUUGUAUAUACAGUAUCAUAUUUUGCUGCUAAAUUAUUGAAUCAUUUUGUGGUUUUAUUUAUCUAAUUAUAAUGAAUGAAACUGUGGCUAAGUUGGAGCCUCAUUCUUAGGUGAAUAGAUGUUUUUCAUGAUUUUAGUGUAGUCUUUUUUUUAUUUAUUUUGCAAUUUGCAGAUAUAUUUCUUUUUGUCUUCAUGUCUCGUGCAUAAAAUGUACAUACAUGGCAGUAGUGCACAUGUAUGGAGUCACUAGUGAACUUUUUACAAAAAUAAAAACACCACUUGUAACU